AUGACACAAAAUAAAUAUACUGUUAUUCUUCCUACUUAUAACGAACGCGAGAAUUUGCCCAUCAUCACUUGGCUUCUUGCAAAAACUUUUAAAGAACACAACAUUGAUUGGGAAAUUAUUAUUGUUGAUGAUAACAGUCCUGAUGGAACUCAAGAAGUUGCUAAACAGCUUCAAGACAUUUAUGGUGAUGAUCAUAUUCAAUUGAGACCUCGUGCCGGUAAACUUGGCUUAGGUACUGCAUAUGUUCAUGGUCUUCAGUUCGCUACCGGCACUCAUGUCGUUAUUAUGGAUGCAGACUUUUCACAUCAUCCCAAAUUCAUUCCUCAAAUGAUCAAAUUACAACAAGAAAAGGAUUAUGAUAUUGUUAGUGGUACUCGUUAUAGAGCAGGAGGUGGUGUGUAUGGAUGGAACUUGAAGCGUAAACUUGUCAGUCGUGGUGCCAAUUUUUUGGCUCAACUUUUACUUCGUCCUAGAGCCUCAGAUCUUACUGGCAGUUUCCGUCUUUACAAGAAGGAUGUCCUUUAUCAGUUGAUCAAUGCUACUAUCUCAAAAGGCUAUGUAUUUCAAAUGGAAAUGAUUGUUCGAGCUAGACAAUUCAAUUACACUGUAGGUGAAGUUCCUAUUACUUUUGUAGAUCGUGUCUAUGGUGAAAGUAAAAUGGGAGUGUCUGAAAUUGUUCAGUAUGCUCAAGGUGUAUGGAGACUAUUUACUACCAUCUAA